AUGCCGGACGACGUUGUGAUUGACAUGCCUCUUACUGACACUCACAAUCCGAAGGUUGCUGUCCACCACUUUGGACCAGCAGACAUGGCCCCCCUGGACACAACUCGGGGCAUCGCGUCCCUCACAGUUGGCAUCCCAUCCUCGCGAAAGAAUAGACAACCAGAUGGGCCAUCGUCGCCUCCACGCUGGAAGACACCCGAGUUUAUCUUCUAUUACAUCGUAUUCGUCGUCGUGGUCCCUCUUAUGGCUUGGGUACCAAUUCGUUUAAGUUCACCGACAAAUGCGAAUUACCCAUUUUUUCGUCAUCAACUUAAACCUGGUUGGUUGUUUGGUCGCGAAGUUGAUAACAGCGACCGUCAAUACCGCGCCUUUCGAGAUAACAUCCCUGCCCUUUCUCUCCUUGCUUUAGUCUAUCUUACCCUGCAGUGGAUAUACGUUCGUUCAGCGAUUGGCUCAACUUCGGCAAUACCCAAGGACAACAUUCAUCUUGUACCCUAUGUCGUCUUCUUUGCUGCUUUAUACCUCAUUGGCCUCCAUGGCACAAGUACCAUCAAAAUCUUGAUCAUCCUCACAGUCAACUAUUACAUAGGAAAGGGCCUACGAGGUUCUCGAAUCGGUCCAUUAAUGACAUGGAUUUUCAACGCUUCCGUUUUGUUUGCAAAUGAGUGGAAUGAGGGCUAUCGCUUCUCGAGCUUGCAUCCCUCGUUGGCAGCAUUGGACAUUUUCGAAGGCCUCUACCCCCGCUGGCAUAUCAGUUUCAACAUAACCAUGUUGAGGCUGGUGUCGUUCAACAUGGACUACUAUUGGGCUUGCAAGAUUGAUUCUACAUGGGCCAGAAAUGAUACACCUCGACAGCGCGACGCAAAGACAACUCAGAAAGAAAGGACCAGUACACCCCAUCCACUCGAGUUUUACACAUAUGCAAAUUACUUGGCCUAUAUUCUGUUUCCUCCGCUUUAUAUAGCUGGUCCCAUCUUGACAUAUAACGAUUUCCUGUGGCAGUUACGCCGGCCGCAGGAGAUUUCACGCCUCUCCGUUAUGAGCUACUUCAUACGCUUUCUUAUCUGCCUAAUCACAAUGGAGUUCAUCCUCCAUACGAUGUACGUGGUAGCAAUCAAGGAUACAAAGGCUUGGAUAGGCGACACCCCCCUUGAACUGAGCAUGAUCGGAUUUUGGAACUUGAUAAUCGUAUGGUUAAAGCUUCUCCUUCCCUGGCGUUUCUUCCGGUUGUGGUCGCUGGCCAGUGGCAUCGAUCCUCCAGAGAACAUGGUUCGCUGUAUGGCCAACAACUAUUCCACGACGGGUUUUUGGAGAAGCUGGCAUCGUUCCUACAAUCUUUGGGUGGUGCGAUACAUAUAUAUUCCCCUGGGCGGAACGAAACACGUUGCAGUGGCCACAUUACUUAUAUUCACAUUUGUUGCCCUUUGGCAUGAUCUGUCGUUCCGUUUACUUGCAUGGGGCUGGCUUGUCAGCUUGUUCAUCGUGCCAGAGAUGUUAGCUGCCCACCUUCUUCCACAAUCGAAGUAUGGACAUUAUUCGUGGUAUCGACAUGUCUGUGCCAUCGGCGCCGUUUUCAAUAUUGUUAUGAUGAUGACCGCUAACCUUGUCGGGUUCGUGGUCGGAACAGAGGGGGUGCUCUACUUGUCAAGACAGAUCACGGGCAGCCUUGAAGGUUUCCGAUUUUUAGUCACUGCGUGUUGCUGUCUUUUUGUCGGGGUGCAACUGAUGUUUGAAUACCGCGAGGAAGAAAAGCGAAGGGAGAUCUUUCUCCGAUGCUGA